AUGGCCUCUAGUAACAUCCCCGAGCGUAUGCGGGCUAUCCGCGUGCCCGAGACUGGCGAGAUCGAUGUGAUCAGCGCGCAAGAUAUUGCGGUGCCCGAACCAGGAGCCGACGAAGUUCUAAUCAAGGUAUCCUGGGCAGGCGUGAACUACAUCGACACGUACCAACGUUCCGGUCUAUACACGCUUCCUUUGCCUUUCACUGCUGGAAUGGAAGCUGCUGGCAAAGUGGUCAAAUUCGGAAAGGAUGCGGAUGAUUCGAGCUUGAAAGUGGGAGAUGCUGUGGCUGCUUAUGCGCUCGGUGCUUAUGCCGAGUACAUGACUGUCAAGAGGGAAAAGGUGGUCAAGCUGCCUGAUGGUGUGUCAGAGAAGGACGGUGCUACUGCGAUACUGCAGGGAUUGACCGGUGAGCAGGGAUGAAACAGUCUUGCACACUGUUCAACAAUACGAUGCAUCAGUACGCUUUGCACUCGAGACUGACUCCCUCUGCUACGCUCGCACCUGAUUUCACACUUCUUUCAGCUUGGACGCUGCUGCACGAAGCGUACCAAGUCAAGAAAGGCGAUGCGGUCCUGAUUCAUGCCGCUGCAGGAGGCGUAGGUCUUCUGUUGUGCCAAGUGAGUCCAACCCGGCGCAAAUGUUGCCAUCCAUGUCCCAUCUCAUUGAGACUCGCUGCUCCACACGCGCGAAGAUGGCAUCUUACCUCGGCGCCACAGUGAUCGGAACAGUGUCGACGGAGGAAAAAGCGGCUCUCGCCAAGUCCAACGGAGCGUCGCACGUCAUCAAUUCCAAAUCGGGCGGUGCAGCUGUUGUGGAUGAAGUGCUGAAGCUGACCAAGGGUGAGGGUGUGCAAGGCAUCUACGAUGGUGUGGGCAAGGAUACUUGGGAGGAUGGUUUCAAGAUGAUAGCGAGGAAGGGAACCAUCGUAUCCUUUGGCAACGCAUCAGGCGCAGUACCUCCCUUUCCUGUCCUCAAAUUGGCAGCAAAGAACACCAAAGUCGUUCGACCUACGCUCAACAACUCCAUCCUUACCAGACAAGAGCUGGAGACCUACUCAGCUCAAUUGUUCGACCUGCUCGCCAAGAAACUGGUCAAGCUCAGGGUCCACAAGGAGUACCCGUUCUCUGCCGAGGGCGUUCAGCAGACACAGAAGGAUAUCACCAGUCGCGCAACCACCGGCAAGUUGUUGAUCAAGGUGCAACAGUGA